CCGCGUUUCCUCGGCGCCUGUCGCUCGCCGCUCAGGCUACGCUCUCAGUGCCAGCCAGAGCCGGCGCCCAGAAGGAGGGUUCGAGUCCGCGCGGGGGAACUGCGGCGCGCCGAGGUGCGGAGCGGUGUCCGGUGAGCGCGGCGCCAGCAUGAAGCAGCUGCAUGUGCCCUGUUGAAACUUCAUGGCCACAGCCCCAGGCCCUGCUGGCAUUGCCAUGGGCAGCGUGGGCAGCCUACUGGAGCGGCAGGACUUCUCCCCCGAGGAGCUACGGGCAGCGCUGGCAGGGUCGCGGGGCUCCCGCCAGCCUGAUGGACUCCUCCGGAAGGGCUUGGGGCAGCGUGAGCUCUUCAGCUACCUGCACCUCCCCAAGAAGGAUGGCAAGACCACCAAGCGAGCCCCUCGGAAUGAUCCUACCGACUACGCCACCCUCUACUACCGGGAGCACCCUCGGGCUGGCGAUUUCAGCAAGACCUCACUGCCCGAGCGGGGGCGCUUUGACAAGUGUCGCAUCCGCCCAUCAGUGUUCAAGCCUGCUUCAGGCACCGGAAAAGGCUUCCUGUCCAUGCAGAGUCUGGCAGCCCACAAGGGCCAAAAGCUGUGGCGUAGCAACGGCAGCCUGCACACGCUGGCCUGCCACCCGCCCCUGAGUCCAGGGCCCCGGGUCAGCCAGGCUCGAGCGCAGCUGCUGCACGCCCUCAGCCUGGACGAGGCGGGCCCCGAACCCGAGCCCAGUCUGUCUGACUCCUCCAGCGGGGGCAGUUUUGGCCGCAGUCCUGGCAAUGGUCCCAGCACCUUCAGCUCCUCGCUGGGCCAUCUUAACCAUAUCGGGGGCUCCCUGGACCGGGCGUCGAGGAGCCCCAAGGAGGCCGGACCACUGUCCAUGCUGAGCUGCCUGCCUGACCCACCACCCCCCUAUGAGUUCUCCUGCUCUAGCGCUGAUGAAGUGGUGGCUGUGCUGCCUGACACGUGUGAGCAGCUGAAGAGGGACCUCGGUGAGCAGGACGGCUCCAACCCCUUCACUCAGGUGAUGGAGGAGCGUCAGCGGCUGUGGUUGUCUGAGCUGAAGCGCUUGUACGUGGAACGGCUGCAUGAGGUGGCUCAGAAAGCGGAGCGCAGUGAGCGCAACCUCCAGCUGCAGCUGUUCAUGGCCCAGCAGGAGCAGCGGCGCCUGCGCAAGGAGCUGCAGGCUCAGCAGGGCCUCGGCCCGGAGCCUCGAACUGCCAGCAGCACACACGCCGAAGCAGAUCCCGGUGUCCGGCCAGAGGAGGAAGCCCGUUGGGAGGUGUGCCAGAAGACAGCCGAGAUCAGCCUCUUGAAGCAGCAGCUGCGGGAGGCGCAAGCGGAGCUGGCGCAGAAGCUGGCGGAGAUCUUCAACCUGAAGACGCAGCUUCGGGGCAGUCGGGCCCAGGCGCAGGCUCAGGACGCAGAGCUGGAGCGGCUGCGUGAGGCCGUGCGCAGCCUGCAGGAGCAAGCCCCGCGGGAGGAGGCCCCGGGCAGCUGUGAGACCGAUGACUGCAAGAGUAGAGGGCUGCUGGGGGACGCUGGGGGCGGUGAGGCUGCGGAAGGGGCUGAGCAGCUGCGGGCUGAGCUGCUGCAGGAGCGUCUGCGGGGCCAGGAGCAGGCACUGCGCUUCGAGCAGGAGCGGCGGACUUGGCAGGAGGAGAAGGAGCGGGUGCUGCGCUACCAGCGGGAGAUCCAGGGAGGCUAUAUGGAUAUGUACCGCCGCAACCAGGCCCUGGAACAGGAGCUGCGGGCGCUACGGGAGCCCCCUGCGCCCUGGAGUCCUCGGCUGGAGUCCUCCAAGAUCUGAGGCCAGCAGAGUGGGCUGACAGCAACCGGGGGACCGUCAGAAGGCGCCCGAGGCAACUGGCUCCUCUCUUGCACUUGGUCAGGGGCAGAAGCUGCGGAGAGAGACCCCACUGGGAGGAAGGAUCCCGUAGGGCCGGUGGGCUGACAGGGUGCCGGCGGUGGCAUGGGCUGGGGCAACGCCCCUCCUAGCAGAGUAGCACUGGGAUAGGGCUCAGCCCUGCUCCCUGGAGUGGGUGUGACCCAGGGAAGGAGGCCAGGAGAAUCCAGAGCCCCAUGGUCCCAAAGGGCAGGCGAGAGGAAGGCUGCAAGACCGGGGCUGAGUUUAGAGGGAAGGAAGCUGGAAUGGGACCAUUGGCCUCCCACGGAAUAAAAAUCGUGUUUGCUAUCAGGA